GUGCCAGCACCGACAGUUCGAUAAAGUCUGCCCAAAGAGCGGACGGGAGGUGGCCCCGGGUGGCCCGCGAGAGACGUGAUGCGGUUUUGACAGGACGACGGAAAAGUGCCGUUUCCUCGUUGCGAGGCAGUUGCGAGCGAUUGCCAACGCCAUGGUAGGAAAUCUGUAACACGUCUCGCCUGGCGAACACUCGUGGGCACUCCUCCUAAUAUGGGAGAAUGGGUCGGCACAGGGCCGCGUUGCUGCUCUACUUGCUGGCAGGAUGGCAGAGGACAUUAGCAUUAGUACCGGUGCGAGAAGUGUCCGUAGAUCUAGGCCAGAACUUAACUCUGGCCUGUGCGGACGAAGACGUACUUUCGCAUUCGGGUGAAUCAUCCGGGGUGAUGUGGGUCAGAGAAGGUCGGGAGGAUGGACAAGUUCAGAGGUUAAAAGUCGAACCCAGUGGAGCGCUGGAACUUGUCAAUGUCAGUGCAGAUGAUGCAGGGAACUAUACUUGUACCUUGGAUCAAGAUGCAGAUGCCGUUAAAGCCAGGAUCAAGGUUCAAGUGAAGACACCACCGCCGGCACUACACAAUGUCUGGGUAAAGCCAUCCACCAUUCUGGCCAAUAUUCUCUGGGAAGUCGCUGGAACCGGUGGCUAUCCGAUCAUAGACUUCACUGCCGAAUAUCGUCUAAAACCAACAGCGGAUGAGGAACCGGAAGAGUGGAAGCCAAUCGUUCCUUCGCACAUUCCACCUAACUCGAGGCAAAUAGACGUCUACCACCUUGAGCCGAACACGACUUACUCCUUCCGAGUAUGGGCCACCAACCAGCUGGGAAGGGGCGAGAUCGUGGAAGUGGAGGGCCACACGCACCACAGCGUAGAGGAGUUAGAACUCGCGAGGCAUCUCUUGGCGGGCGUGGAAAAUUUCGACACUCGCGUCUGGGUAGCGGCGGUAGGCAUUGUUAUGGGGACCUUAAUGAUCCUUGGUUUAGGUACUUGCUACCUUCUCUAUCGUGAGUGCAAGGCACCCUCGCAGCUGGAGGAGCAGGAAGUGAUUGAGCUCGUGCCGAACAUCAUCCUGAACCCGGGCUUCUUCGACGAGCGGACGGAACGCAUCCCGCAGGACGAGAACUUCAACGACCAGACGACGACCCGACUGAACAAUAACACGGUGGUACAGCCGAGGCGGCUUUAGCGAUCGUAAGCUCGAUCUCGCUUGGUUUCUUACCUUUACUUUUUCAAUGAUAUCUCACAGUCGACAGGCUCAAAGGUAGCAAGGACGUCGUUCGAAAGCGAGCCACUUUGGCGCCGCUCGAGGCCUAAUGACGAGUCAUUUGUAAGUAUAUCCGCGUACGGACUGCCCGGAGAAAAAUGUGCGGAAAAUCGCACCGUAAAAAAACCUGUCCGACGUAAUCGACGACCGAGUCGCUAUGCUGGAUUUUUCUCCGGGCACGAAGUCGACUCGGGCCGACUCGUCCGGGUGGUCGUAUUCACCGGCGACGUCUUCGCCGGGUAACUUUUUUUGGUCACGAUACGAAGCAAAGUGUUCAAAGCAACAGUUUAAGACUCCGUUAGGCUUCUCGCACAGGAGUAGUUAGGGCCACCUCGGGAGAAUCCAUUGCGAGUAGCUACGUAGCUCGGUGCCGAGAGCUUACCCCGAGGGGUGAUAUUCAGGAGAGCGGUGUUUAGUAAGACUGUCAUUUUUAAGAGCGAUUCCAGGGUCUCCCUGGAGUCGUCGCGAUUUCAUAAACGUCGGUAUCGGCUAAUCAUGACACGGGGUUCGGGUGUUAAGGAACGAGGGGAGCGCGUUGGUGUUCUCGUUCGGCAGAGUCGUCGUAAUUUCCGUUUUCUCGGAUUUUCCUCCCUGAGGAUUGGGUUCCGUUCGCUGAGGACGAUUCGCUUGCUUAUAACCAACGAGUGCUCGGGUGAUUUUCUGCGCUCGAUGUCUGCCUGGAUGAAAAUGGGGAAAAUAGGAAAAACAGGGAAACCAAGGGCGAGGUCGCAGAAAAUCGCCGGGCACCUUCUACAAGUUUGGGAACGCACUCCUUUCGGUAUACUCCGUUCGAGUAAUACUCUAAUCGUCGGGCGGAUUUGGGUCAUAAUAUCACUAGAUAAUCACGCUUUUAUCGAGCCUUUUAUGCAUCGCAUGUGGGGUGUACCAGGCCCAUCUUGGCAGGGCAUUGAAAAUGCCUCGGGUCUCUUUUGCUACUAUGAUAUUCAUCCUUAGGGAGUUAUCGUAUUCCAUUGUUAAGUUUCGGUCGUAUGAAUGUCAUAGCAGCACAACGUUAUUAUUACGAUACAUAAUGGGUGUAGGUAGCACCGUAAGGCUAAAACUCCUAAGUGGCAGCUAUAAUAGUACAUUUGCAUUCCAUGACAAUGAAGAGUCGUUGAGACGCUGUGAACUCGUGGAAGCGGUUUAAGAAUGGGCGACCAUUCGAUUAUUCGAGGGGAAAAUUUAGCGGGGAAAUUUCCCGGAGGUUUUCGGGGGACCGCUGGAACGAUAUUCCGAAUUAAGAUUCUCGUAGAAUUAAGGAUUCCUAGGGGAGGUUUCUUCGGCCCUUUUGUUGGAGAAAUUGGGACCAGAGUCCCUCGUACAAAUCUGGAAUCUCUCUACGAAAUUGAAUUCCUCAGUCAUUAGUUAUUAUGCUAUAGUUUAAGCUAUCGGAAUCCGAAUUAAAUUAUUUAUGUCGUUGUUUCGUUGACGUUUGUAUUAUAAUUUCGAGUUAAGCGAGGCCUCCUACGGUCUAACCGUUGACCGAUGAGACUUCUCAAAGAAAUUCCAUCGGCUGGUCCACAUUCCACGGUUGAUAUAUUUAUCGUCUAAUUUAUAAAGGAAAUAUGGAUUGCGUUGAUUAUUAUUGUUUUAUACAUCUUGUCGAGGGAAAAGUGAGCCUUAAUUUCCUCGGAAAUCGUUUCGGACCCGUCGGGAAAUUAGUGAAUUUGGGUGAUCAUCGACGUCGGAUGUACUUUGCUGACAGGAUGAUUUUUGAAUCCGUAUUCGGAAUCGCUCCUAUUCGGGGAUACAAGUCGCCAUCUCGUUUGCUCGAUUCGCAAGAUUUCACCAUUGACGCUUAGGAACCCAUGGAAUAUCUUUUCUCGUGGCCUCAAAUCUGGCGUUCCGUUCCGUCGCUGUCUAUAAAUUUCAGUCCUGUCAGGUUAACGGGGAACGACUCGAUUGUUUGGUGCACGUAAGGUUGUGUAAAACAAAAGAAAAUAAUUGGUUGUGCGUCGUUACAAAGAGGCUUCGCGAUCGGCGUUUCCUCCUUGGAGGUUUCCCCUUGAACGAGAAACGUCAAAGCGAGGGUCGAACAGCUGAUCGCCAACAGCUUCGUACUAUGCACUCUGUGUUGUGAAUGGUAUAUGUAUAUUAUUAUAUACACCCGCGCUAAUACAAGAAUAAUACGAUAAUAAUGAUUACGAUACAUGGAAAAUAUAUAUAAAAAUAUAUAUAUAUAUAUUUCUAUUUAUAUAGCCGAGGCAUCGUAAUAUUUUAGCUAUAAGCAAAGACAAUUUUUUAUAUAAUACAAAUGACGAUUAUGCUGAGACGCGACGACACACGAUAUUUAUCUAUUAUAUAUUCUAUAUACAUACGUGUAUAUGUAUAUUCGUAUAGUCUCAUGGAUCUAUCCUCGUAUGCAGAGCUUUUCACCGAGCAACCGAUUCGAUCCGCUCGCCGGAAGCGUAAACCGUGUAUAGCGUACACCAGGUUCCUUUUCACGGAGGAGUCGUACCUUUAUUUUUCUAAUUGUCAACUCGUGGCUUCUUAGAGACUCCGGCGUAAUUAGAUUCAAUCCUCCAUUAGGGAAGUUUCAAGGAGGGACCGUCCACGCGGACGGAGAUUCUCCGCCUCGAGGGAGAGGUCGGACGGAGACGAGUCGGUGUGGAAAUUAAAAAAAAAUGGUAUCUCGCGUUCGGGCCCGUUCUCGUCCGACUCCUUCUCUUGGCGAAGAGUCGAUCGUCUCGAUUUCGUUCCCGACACCGUCAAGAUUAAUAUCCGGUAGCGCUUAAGGUCUCCGCGCUUUCGCUCGAUGUCUUGCCUAUGAUUUUCCCAUCCGCGGACACGCGGUCGCAAUAAGUAAAAUUAAUGAGACAUCACUCGCGAAGUCCGCCGAUAUAUCGUACCAAGACACAUCUCGUUCAUUCAUCGACCGGAGUAGAUAAGUGAAAUACCGUAGGAAUAAAAUUAGGAUCGCUGAUAGCGACUUCGGUGCGCGUCGCGCUUAUCAGGGAUGUCGCGUCGUGCACCGAGGGGACGGCGAAUAGAUCGAUUUUACAGGAGAGAUUACCGAUGCGGAAUUGAAAAUCGACGAAAGUUGGAGGGAUCUUCGAUGAGAGAAACUCGGUGGAGUUUCGAGCCAAAUAUAUUUUUGAGCGAGAAACUCGUAGCGUCGAGGGCUGCGAGAUAGAAGCUAACGUUGACUCUUGGAGAGCGCUCCCCUGUAAAAAGUCGUUGCGCCGUGAAAUGACAUUUAUCGACUUAUCGACCCUAGUUUCCUCGUCUUUCCAUCACCGAUUGCUGUAGCGAAUCGUGAAAUAUCGUUAACGACCUUAUGACGGGUUCCACAAGGAACGGGCCGGCGAUAGCGAUUCAUAUGCCGCGUUAUGUUAUGCUUUAAGUCUCCUCUCUCUAAUUUCGAUUCCGUUGAGGAUUCCUUUAAUUCCCUUGUUCGUUCUUCAUUCAGGUGCGAUUGCUGAACAGCUCUCGACUGGCGGUAAUAGCUUUAAAAUAUAGAUUACCAAAUCCCCUCUUCUUGAGUCGUGACAUUAAGUAAAGGCCGAUUGGUUUUAUUCCUAGCACUUUAUUAGGCAUAUUCGUAGUUGUUUUAUGACGUAUUUUAAUCACCGUGAUUUAUUUUUUUUUUUUCUUUAGACUUAGUUCGAUCAACUGAUGUUCACGCUCGACGACGUUCUUUUGUUUGUUAAGGAUCCGUGACUCCGAAGAAUAACGUUUGGUAAUGGUCGGUGUGAAAUGUUGACACCUCGAACUGUCAUAGUCAUUUUCAUUCACGUUUUAGUUGAAUCAUGCAUUUAUCGAGAGCAUAGUUUUUCGUUAGAAUUUAGGACGUUAACGUCUAGCUCGUGAUUUUGAGAUAAGUGUGCGUUGAGUGAAAUGGUAACGGUAUACAUGCAUUCCAUCGAGUACAAAAGUGUCUUCUGUAUUUUUAACGUCAGCCAGAAUACGGAAGUGCAAUGCUAUCGUAAUGAUAAUUGUUUAUGUAAUCUUCUGAGUGAGACUAGGAAAGCAAAGGUUGUGCAAGAGUGUUUAUCGCUUUGGGGUAAUAGAACGUAGAAUCUCAGUACGUUGUCAGAUACAAACACUAGGCACAUAUCAGAAUAUUGAGAACUCAUUACUCCAUCGAUCAUCUCAGACUACAUUUAUAAAAAUCGUAAAUGUUAGUAAUAAAAUAUUCUCCCAUGCAAAGGCAAAGUUUACUAGAGAGCGAGCUCGCUUGGUAGUCGGAGAGCAGCGUUACGCCUUAAGUUUUUCCUAAAUGGUAUUAUUUCGAUCGAGUUAUAUAUGGAGGAACGCUAAGUGGAAACAAGAACCCAGCAAAGAUGUAAUUUAUUUUCAAUGAAUACGAUUUUUAUAUUUAUUGGGUAUUGUGCUAUCGGAUAGCCAGUGGGCGAAAGGCUUCGCCGUUGAAGCUCGAUUGUCGGGUGCAUUCGCAGCAGCAUCUCCAAAGGUUUCGAGCAUAAGUCUAAGACGAUAUUUCAUUUAGGAUGGUAUCGAUUAGUCCGAUCAGUAUAAGGCUACUGUUUUCACCUUUAAUAUAAUAUUGUACACAAUAUAAUAUCAUACA